UUCCUUAGAUUAAGUGUGUGUCUGUAUGCGCAUGUUUACAUGUUGUGUAACAUAUUCUACUGGGUGCUCUGAAAAGAUCGUCCUAAACUCACCUAGAAUGACGACCACUGAAUCUAAAAUGAAGGGCCAGUCAAGGAAAGCAGAGUCCCCUGUGCCUAGCUGCACUUCCAACAAGACUGAUAGAUCAAAAAAUAUCAUUGUUAACUUCAAAGGUGAACUACAGGAUGACAGGGUGCAACUGGAGAAACCCACAGCCAGCUGUGUGUCCAUGGAGAGUAAUCGGUCAAGCAGAGACAGGAUGCAGUGUGACUUUCACACAACUGAACUGGAUCAGCAGUCAGUAGAACCCAGCUGUAAAAAGAAACACAGGUCUUUGGUUUUUGCACGCAGACUGAAGCUUCUUCAACAAACUUUGCAGAAGUUGCAGAGGGGAGAUUUGAAACAGUUCACGGCACAGGUGUGUCGGAAGUACACAGAAUGCUUCUACCAACAGCUACUACAUGAUGAUGCACUUAUAUCUGCUGAGGAGAUGAUGGAAAGCUGUGAUGAAGAGAGGGCUCUGAAGAUCACAUUGCACACCCUGAGAGACAUGAACCAGACAGACAUUGCAGAUUCACUGGAGAAAGAGGAGGAAAAAAAUCAGACAAUCAGCCAGUGUCAACAGAAAUUGAAGAACAAAUUGCAAAAAAGGUUCAAGUGCAUUUUUGAAGGUAGUGCCAGGCAAGGGAACCCAACCCUCCUCUGCGAUAUCUAUACAGGACUAUACAUCACAGAAGGCCUGAGUGAAGGAGUCAAGAAUGAACAUGAAAUACCAGAACUAGAUACGGCAUCCAAGAUACCAUUGGCAGAAUCUACCACAAUUCAUUGCAAUGAAAUCUUCAAACCUGUAGUUGGGCAACAGACAUCCAUAAGAACUGUACUGACAAAUGGGAUCGCUGGUAUUGGAAAAACAGUAUCUGUGCAGAAGUUUAUUCAUGACUGGGCCAUCGGAAAAGCAAAUGAGGAUGUUCAUUUCAUAUUUGCAUUGCCAUUUCGGGAUCUCAACCUUCAAAAGGAUAGAAAUUUCAGCCUAAUCAAUAUUAUUUAUCACUAUUUUCCAGAAGUGGAGGGAAUUGAAUCAACUGACUUGAAUGAAUUCAGAAUUUUGCUGAUCUUUGAUGGCUUGGAUGAAUGUCGACUACCUUUAGAUUUCCAGCUAAAUGAAAACUGCUUUGACAUGACAAGACAGACAUCACUAGAUGUGCUGUUGACGAACCUCAUCAAGGGAAAUCUACUUCCCUCUGCUCAACUCUGGAUAACAUCCCGAGUAGGAGCAUCCAGUCAGAUACCAACUGAGCAUGUCAAUCGAGUGACAGAGAUUCGAGGGUUCAAUGAUCUGCAGAAGGAGGAAUACUUCAGGAGGAGAUUUGAGAAUGAAGACCUUGUGAAGAGAAUCAUCAAACACUUAAAGAUGUCAAGGAGUCUCUACGUAAUGUGCCGCAUCCCAGUUUUCUGUUGGAUCUCAGCAGUUGUCCUGGAGCAGAUGUUGGAAGCGGACAACAGCAAUGUCCCGACAUCUCUAACCCAGCUCUACAUAUACUUUGUGCUCAUUCAAACGAGCAUAAAGAAUCAGAAAUAUCAAUUCCAAUCAAACAAAGAAAUUAUCAUGAAACUGGGUAAAUUAGCCUUCCAGCAACUGGAAAUUGAAAAUUUUAUAUUUUACAAAAACGACUUCAGAGAAUGUGGCAUUGAUGAUGUAUAUGAAGCCUCGGUCUACUCUGGACUGUGUACAGAAAUCGUGAAUGAGGAAGACAUGAUGGAUGAAGAGAAAGUGUAUAGCUUUGUGCAUGUAAGUAUUCAGGAUUUUCUUGCAGCUUUGUAUGUGUCUUACACAUACAAAAGCACCAAGAUGAACCUACUCAAUAAAAAACAAAGUGGGAUACGAGAGGAGUUGUUUGACUUCCACAAGAGUGUGAUUGAUAAGGCCUUACGGACCAGGAACGGACAUCUCAACCUUUUCUUGCGCUUUCUGCUUGGCAUCUCACUGAACUCCAGUCAGAACCUCCUGAAAGACCUUGUGACAGACAAAGAGACCAGCUCACAGGGUGUCGAAGAAACAGUCAGAUACAUCAAGGGGAUUAUAAAGGACGAAACGUACCCAGAGAUGUCCAUCAAUCUCUUCUACUGCCUGAAUGAACUCGGGGACAACUCUCUAGUGGAGGAGGUUCAAAACUACCUAAGGUCUGGGAAGCUCUCAAGGAAGAAGCUGUCACCUGCUCAGUGGUCGGCUCUGGUUUUUGUGUUGCUGACAUCAGAAAAUAUAGACCAUGUGUUUGAUUUGAAGAAAUACAGCAGAUCAGAAGAAGCACUACUGAGACUCAUUCCUGUGGUAAAGUUCUCCAGAACAGCCCUGCUGGAUCAUUGUUAUCUCACAGGUAAAUGUUGUGAAGCAUUGUCCUUUGUGCUCUGUUCAAACUCAUUGCACCUGAUGGAAUUAGACUUGAGUGACAAUGACCUUCAGGAUGCCGGAGUGCAGCUGCUCUCUAUUGGACUGGGAGAUCAACACUGUAAACUGGAAACACUCAGGCUAUCAUUCUGUGGAAUCACGGAGAAAGGUUGCAGAUUCCUUGCUGAUGCCUUGCAUUCAAACCCCUCACACCUGAAAGAACUGGAUGUGAGCUACAACCACCCUGGAGAAAGUGGAGUGAAGCUGCUCUCAGAUAUGCUGCAGAAUCCUGACUUUAAACUGGAGAAACUGAAAGUGGACCAUUGUGGAGAGUGCUGGAUCAGACCAGGCCUACGGAAAUAUGCCUGUCAGCUCAAGCUGGACCCCAACACUGCACACCGGAGCCUGUGUCUGUCUGACGGAGACCUGAGGGUCACGUGGAAAUGCCAGAGGCAGCCAUAUGCUGAUCACCCGGAGAGGUUCCAGCAUGUGCCCCAGGUGCUGUGUACGGAGGCCCUGUCUGGCCGCUGCUACUGGGAGGCUGAGUGGAGAGGGGACGUGGCGGAGAUCGCUGUAACUUAUAAAGAAAUCGGGAGGAAAGAAGCGAAGAAUGGCAGCAGGUUUGGACACAAUGAGAAGUCCUGGGUUUUGCGCUGCUCUGCUAAAGUCUAUUCUGUCUGCCAUAAUGGCAACCACAUUGAUAAACCUGUGCCCACCCCCCACUGCCGCAGAGUAGCGGUGUAUCUGGACUGGCUUGCUGGCACUCUGACCUUCUACAGUGUCUCUCCUACAAAACUGACACCUUUACACACAUUUCAUUCCACAUUCAGCCAGCCUGUCUAUCCAGGGUUUGGUGUUUAUGGUUCUUCAGUGAUCCUGUGGCAGGUGGAUUAGUGUCCUGUGCCUUAGUUGUCCCAGCCAGGCAUUGUUAGGCUCCACAACCUGCACAAAUUUAGGGAAGGAGAAGGAGUGAAUGAUCUCCUAACAUUUUAAAUUUCAGUGCCUUUCACCACAAUUGAUAACUGAAUUUGCAUCUAUAAUUUACUCUUUAGAAUUUUUAUCAACGCAUAAGAGAUGCACUGAGUUAAAAAGUUCGAUAGUUUGUUGUGCAUUUAUGAAUUUUCCCCUUAUAACAAAUUAAGCUACAUUAUUUUGCUUAUAGCUUCAUAAUUAUGAUUUUUGAUAUUAUAGUUACUACAGGUUUUAUAUAUACAUGUAUAAUAUUGUAUAUCAUACAGUAUAUUUAUACACAUGAUGCUGUUCAGGAUGAGUUGUUAAGAAAUGGAUGGAUGAAGGUCUGUAUUAUCUCUGCAAUCUCUAUCAUGCACGAAUUUUGUUGUUUUGCACAUUCAUUUUUUUGUAAAAUAUGUGCAUUUUUUUGUAAAAUUGUAUACAAUUCUUAUUUUAAAUAAAUUUGUUUAAGAUGC